AUGGCUCACAAUAUCAUCAUUAACGCUCCAGCACCCAACGUUUCGUUCUUCACUCCUGCUCAAGAGAUCCCCGCGGGUACAGCGAUCAACCCCCAACCAAGCGGGAAGCCCAUACCAACACUGUUUCAGCCGCUGAAGAUUCGCGGCGUAGAAUUCCAAAAUCGUAUAUUUUUGGCCCCCCUCGGUCAAUAUUCUGCGGAUAACGGUAAAAUCACGUCGUGGCAUCUCGCUCAUUUGGGCGGAAUUUUCAAACGUGGCCCCGGCUUGUCCUUUGUGGAGGCUACUGCCAUUCUUCCCGAGGGUCGCGGCACGCCACAGGACGCUGGGAUUUGGUCAGACGAACACAUAGAACCAUGGAAGCACAUCGUCGAAUUUGCGCACUCCCAAAAUCAGAAAAUCGGCAUCCAGCUCGCCCACGCAGGGCGCAAAGCAUCUGGUGUCGCUCCGUGGCUGCACAAAAGUGGAACUGUAUCGGAAGUUGAUGGUGGUUGGCCUGAUAACGUCUUUGGACCGAGUGCCAUUCAGUACAGUGAAGGAUUUCCCUAUCCAAAGGAGCUUACGAAGGCCGGCAUCAAGGCAGUGAUUCGCGCAUACGUGGACGCUGCAAGACGAUCGCUCAAGGCAGGCUUCGAUGUUAUCGAAUUUCAUGCUGCGCAUGGAUUCCUCUUGAAUGAAUUUUUGGCGCCCAUUUCGAACACCCGCACGGACGAAUACGGUGGCAGCUUCGAGAACCGGAUACGACUGCUGAUUGAAGUUGUAGAUGCUGUGAGAGCAGUCAUUCCUGCCACAAUGCCUCUUUUCGUUCGUGUAUCUGCCACAGAUUACCUCGAUGAGGUAUUCCCGAACAAGACGUGGCGCCUUGAGGAUACUGUCCGGCUAGCGCCGAUUCUUGCCGAACACGGUGUCGAUCUUAUCGACGUAUCCAGCGGCGGUGUUCAUCCUGCACAGAAAUUUGAACCUGGACCAAAUUCACUCCAGGUUUCCUUCUCCAGAGAAAUACGAGCUGCGAACAAAGACAAGAUCCUUGUCGGCGCCGUGGGGGGUAUCACGACCGGCCAGUACGCACAAGAGAUUCUUGACGAUGGCUCUGCAGACGUGAUCUUUGUUGGGCGACAGUUCCAAAAAGACCCCUCAACCGUCUGGACAUUUGCGCGGGACCUCGGAGUCUCAAUCGCCGUAGCACAUCAGAUUGAGUGGGUGUUUGCUGGCAGGGGUGGUGGCGGGAAGCGCACGGGUGUAUAG